AAAAAAAAAAAAUAUAAAUAUAAAUAUAAAUAGAGAAAUAAAAACAAACCGUAGUUAAUAGCCAAAUUUUACAAACAUACUAUGGCAGAUAUCAAACUUACUUGUCUUAUUCGUGAAAAACUUCCUGAAGAUGCUUUUGAAAUUGAAAUUGGAAAGAUUGAUACCGUUUAUUAUUUAAAGGAGAUUAUCAUAAAGAAAAUACCAAAAAAAUUUAUAGACGAUAUAGACCUAGACAUUGAAGAAUUUAUCACUGAUCCUAGAUUUCUUAAAUUAUGGAAAGUUAAUAUCUCUAUCAAUGAAAAAAAGAAGUUUGAGCAACUCAAGAAUCAUACAUUGUCCAUUAAAGAAAUAUUAGGUGGUGAAGAAAUAACAAGCAAGUAUAUUGAUUAUUAUUUCUCUGAUGAUAUGCUUUAUUGUAAAGAUUUCAUUCAUAUUAUUGUUGAUCUUCCCAUAGGUAUUGAUAAAAAUCUUGGAAAAUCUUGGGAUUUUUUGAGAAAUGGGAAAGUUAUUAACAUCAAGAUGCCUAAGGACCAUUCUUAUUAUCAAUUCAUUUCCCUUUCUAAGGAUGUUUCCUAUCUUUUAGGUAAUGAUAAUGAAGAACAAUUUUUAUUAAUUCGUGAUUGCUAUCACCACCUUGCUGAUAGCAUUCUUAAUCAUGAAACUAGAAAUUAUUGGCAUAUUGUUGGCAAUCCAGGGGUUGGGUUAACCUAUUUUAGUUAUUAUUUACUUUAUCGACUUGCACAGCAAAAUAAAAUCGUUAUAUAUGAUAGUAAAGAUAAUGAAUGCAUCGUUUUAUUUAGCAAAAAUUACACCUUAUAUUAUAAUUAUAAUAUUUUAGAACGCUAUUUCCUUGAAUAUUUUAACACUCCAGAUACUUAUUAUGUUGUAGAUAACAAAAUACCAUCAUUCCGACUUUGUACUUUAAAGACGAUCCUUAUCACUUCACCCUAUAGACCUUACUACAAACAAUAUGAAAAGGAUUAUACAAGUCAUAAACAAUAUAUGUCAGUAUGGUCUUGGGAAGAGAUCAAUAUAUGCAGACAUGCAAAUUUUCAUCAUCUUAGCCAAGAAGAAGUUUGGGAAUUAUACAUGAAAUGGGGUGGAAUUCCUUUAUUUACAUUGAAUUAUGCUCUCAAUAAAAGUAAACAAAAACUUCUUCAGAGAGCAAUUGAUAUUGUUGAUCAUAAUUUAUUGGGGUAUUAUGGGGAAAUAUAUGUUGAAAAAGAUAUUAGAUACAUGCUUGCACAUAUCUUCACAAAUGAAAGAAAUGAUUUGAUUUUACAAUUUGCCUCUGCAUACGUUUCUGAAAAGUUUGUAAAUAAGCUAGAAAUCUAUGAAAAGGAUAAGUUGAUAGUAGGGAAUUAUUUUGGUCUCCAUAGAGCAGUAUUUGAAUAUAUUGCUCAUCGUACCUUGUCAAAUGGAGGGUCAUUUGAGAUUCAUCCUUUAUUCGAAUCAAUAGAUAAUUCUAAACUUACAAUGUCUAAGAGAGAAAAGCUGAUAAUUAGUGAUAUUGAUGAUAUUGAACCUGACAAGUACUGUAUACCAAGUAAAAAGAAUUUUAUAUGUGACAUCAAUGCAAUAGUUUCUCCAAACAUGUUUUUUAUAUUUUCUGCUUACAAAAAAUAUAAUGAUGAUAUGAAAGAUCUGGAAUUGGAAGAUCUGGAAUUGGAAAAAUUAAUUGACAAAUUUAUUGACAAAUCAGAUAAGUCAAUAAUUGAACUUUAUUUUGUUGUACCAAAACAAGAAAAGGCAAUUAUUAAAAAUAGUAAGAAUUUACCAUCAUUGAAUGAUCGUCUCAGGCAAUAUGUUCUGGAGCUUGAUUUAACAAAGAUAUUAUCGUUAUAG